AAGAAGUUCACCAACCUCUUUUUUUUGCACUUUGAUCGGUGAGAACUUCUUUCUUCUUUGACUUGAAUCAGACUUUUUGCUCUAAUUCUAAGAUCUUAUGGCUCUCAAGGAUUGUUCCAUCUGGGGUUGUGCCAACAAAGCUCCUCAAUUGGGCUUUGCAACCUUCCAGCCUUCUAGUUCUAGGCCGAGUGUGAAUUUAAAACAUGGUCUUGAGAAAUUCUGCAAGUGGGAAUGUUGUUGUUUGCGUGUUUUGAGUCCAAGAGCUUUGACUCCAAUUGAAGAUGAGAAGCACGUUGUCGCUGGGGUUGAUGAGUCUUCAUUAAAUGAUGACGUCGUCGAGGUUCAGCUAAGUGAGUUAGAAGGGCCUCACAAGGAUGUUAAUCUGCUUACUAAGCCAUUAAUGGCUAAUGAAUUUUCCUCAAGUGAUGGUGGGGCAAAGUUGCGCGUUGCUUACAAGGGCCUUCCAGGAGCAUAUACUGAGGAUGCAGUUUUGAAAGCAUAUCCAAAAUGUGAGACAGUGCCAUGUGAAGACUUUGAGACUUCAUUCAAGGCUGUCGAAUCGUGGUUAGUGGAUAAAGCUGUUCUACCAAUCGAAAAUUCUGUUGGUGGAAGCAUCCACCGUAAUUAUGAUUUACUUCUUGGACACAAGCUACACAUUGUUGGGGAGGUGCAGUUGCUAAUUAACCACUGCCUCUUAGGAUUGGCUGGUGUGAGAAAAGAGGAUCUCAAAGCUGUAAUGAGUCAUCCUCAGGCUCUUGUUCAAUGUAAGAAGAUGCUAACUGAUUUAGGUAUUGCCAAGAUUAGUGUAGAUGAUACUGCUGCAGCUGCUAAGGCAGUGCUCUUAAAGGGGAGAAAAGACAUUGGAGCUAUUGCAGGUUCAAGGGCAGCAAAUAUGUAUGGCCUUGACGUUCUAGCUGAAGGAAUCCAGGAUGACGACGUUAAUAUUACUCGUUUUCUGAUACUCGCGAGGGAUCCUAGAAUUCCAGGAAAUGACAGGCCCUAUAAGACUAGCAUUGUAUUCAGCCUAGACGAAGGUCCAGGUGUUCUAUUCAAAGCCCUAGGAGCAUUUGCCUUAAGAAACAUUAAUCUGUCAAAGAUAGAGAGCCGCCCCUUGAAACAGUCUCCCUUAAGGAUUGUUGAAGAUUUAAUUGAUGAGAGGGCUAAGUAUUUUGAAUAUCUUUUUUAUAUUGACUUUGAAGCUUCAAUGGCAGAUCCGCAAGCCCAGUACGCUUUAGAAAAUUUGCAGGAGUAUACAAAAUUUAUUCGUGUUCUUGGUUGUUAUCCGGUGGAUAAAACAGAUACAUCAGAUUGAUCUUCAAUCGUGAGGGAGAUCAACUUGGGAUGAAUCUUCUCGUAAACUCAACAUUUUUGUAUUAUCCAAAAAUUAUGUGUAUGUUUUGAAUUUUUUGUGAGCAUUUUAAAAGUAUGUUCGAAACUAAAAUUAAUUUGGAAUCAUACACCCAAAAGUAUGUUUAA